AUGCCUUCCGCUCUGCCUCACCGCUCCUCCAUUACCCUUCCCCUGCCGGUCUCCUUGUCCAUGCUCAGGCACAAGAUGACGUCCUACAAUGAGGGAAUGGAGGGAGCUUUGCUUCAGGAGGACAAUUCCAGUCCUUACUACCUUCAUCUAAGCGAUAGUCCUAGGAUUGCAGCUAGUUUCUCACAAGUUCUCAUCGGCUCAAAUUAUCUCAACUGGAGUAGAUCGGUCGACACCGCCUUGUUGGCUAAAAACAAGCUGCUAUUUGUCAAUGGUGGCUUGCUUCGGCCAGAUGAAGAUCAUCUACUCUUUCCGCAGUGGAUUCGCUGCAACAGUAUGGUCGUUUCAUGGCUCAGGAAUUCGGUUUUGCCGCAUAUUUGUUCAAGCGUGAUGUAUUUGGGGAACGCCAAUGAAAUCUGGACAGAUUUGCACGAUUGCUUCUCUCAAUCUGAUUCAGCACGUUCCUAUCAGCUUCGACAACAAAUAAUGAAUCUCAAUCAAGUGCACGGAGGUGGCAGGCUUCUCAAGAGGAAGCUUACACGAUGCAAUUCCUCAUCAGUCUCAAUCCUUCAUUCUCUCAAAUCAGAUCUAACAUCCUCUCUACCGUCUCUGUCUAAGACUUUCUCCCUGGUUGUACAAGAGGAGAGGCAGAGAAGUUUGGAUCACAAUUUUGGAUCUACACCUCACUCUGCAAGCGAGCAGUUGUUCGCCGUUAAUGCUGCUUCCUCAUCUUAUGGCCGAGGGAGGUUGUGUACUCAUUGUGGUAAAAAUAAUCACACUGUUGAUAGUUGUUUUGUUUUGCAUGGUUUUCCACCAAGUUUUGGACGUGGCAGGGGGAAGCCUAUGUCUAAGGAUUCCAUACAACCGAAAUCAGUCAAUUUAGUGGAUGAUAACCUGCUGAUUAUGGUGAUAAGACCUCCUCAAAUGUGGCUGGAAAUUCCUCCAUUACAGCAGGCUCUCUGA